CUUCCUCACGUGCUGUAGUUCUUCCAGGGCGCCCUGCGGCGUCCCGUUUCCGGCCGUUGCGGCCGCACGGCUGAUCCACCGGCAGGCUUGGAGCUUUUCCCGCCUGCCAUGAGGGAGUCGGGCGGCUCGGCGCUGCGAAGGGGCUUGCUGGGCCUGGCGGCGGCGGUGACAACAGCCGGAGCUGGGUAUUGGCUUUACCGGGCGGCUUCCAGGCGAAGCAGCAGAGCCUCCGCCGGGACGAGGGACUUGGAAUCGCGGCUGGGCUCCCUCGGCGGAGAGGCCCCGGAGCGUCCCGGGUUUUCCAGCAAGGACCAGGCCCCUUCUGGGGGCGGCCCGCAAGCAGAGAAGGAUCUUUCAAAAUCACCCAGUGGUCUUGAGGCAUAUCACAUUGGAAAUCUUCUUCAUAUACUCGAGACUACAGAGGAUCCUUUGGUUCAAGAACAGGUCUUGGUUACCCUGAGCAAUAGUGCAGCAUUCUCUGUAAAUCAGGAUAUCAUUCGAUAUUUAGGUGGCCUCUCUCUGAUUGGAAAAAUGCUUUCAGUUCCUGUCACCAGUGUUAAAGAGAAAGCACUAAAUGCACUUAAUAACUUGAGUAUGAAUACUAAAAAUCAAGAAGAAGUAAAGAUAUAUAUUACCGAAGUGUGUGAGGAAGUUGAUGCAUCUUUCCUGAACUCUGAAUUGCAGUUAGCUGGCCUUCGAUUUUUAACCAAUAUCUCUGUUAUUAAUGACUAUCAUUACAUGAUGACUAGCUUCAUACCAAAUUUUCUGAACUUGUUAUUUGAAGGAAAUGAAAGAACUCAGGUUCAAGUUCUAAAAGUGCUUGUGAAUUUAUCAGCAAACCCAGCUAUGGCAGAACAUCUACUUAAUUCACAGGCACCUCUUCUCCCGUCUCUGCUUGACAGCAGCGUAAACAAAGACAUUUUGCUCAGAGUCCUUGCAUUUGCCACAAACUUGACAAAGUCCAUGAAAAAUGAGAAGAGUGCUAUUAUCCACUAUCAAUACAGUGAAGGCUCAAUUUUUUCUAUUCUCUCAGGGAACUCUCUAUAUACUCAAAAACUGGCAUCUUUGUUAUAUCAUGAUGACACGGAAGUUAAAGAACAAGUUGCAGAACUAAUUACGCAGCAAUGUCAGCAUUCAGGUCAACCUCAAUAAUUCAGUCUUCAAAAUCCUGAACUGCCUAAAGAAUAUAUAAAUGACUACUUCCAAUGACUACGUAUUGACCUGCGUAAAGUUUCCUCAUUUGUAACUGGGAGAACUGUAUUAGUCCCGAGCAUUCCCUUCUAUAUGUAUAGAACUGCCCCCAACUCUGAAAGAAAAAAGAAAGUCAAUGAAGGACCAGCACACAGACCCCAAAAUAAUUUGGAACUUUAGAACAACCUUUGGGACCCUCCAAGUGAGGUUGAGCUAUGAGCCCUAUCUAUCUAAGCUAUCACGACCAGCAAUCAGGAAUGAUGCCAUGAAGAAUCCAGAGAUCUAUAGAUUUAGGACUAAAGGUAUUGUUUUUCCUGUAGGAAGGAGUAUGCCAUCUCGAGUGGUAAAGUAAGGAAAAAACUGAAACAAAUGCAAUAAACAAAAGAAUAAUAAAUGAACAAUUUUCACACUGGUAGAUCUGUAUUUUUUUAAAGUUAUUCAUAAAUAACCUUAACUUGAGGAAGUAGCAUGAUGGCCACGUUUGCAGCAACCAGAUUCUUCAGGGUGGUAAAACAAAACAAGGGGGAUGUGAAAAGCUACAAAAUGACUUAUCCCUGCAUGGAAAAACAACAGUUCAUUGUAAGUGAGCAUAAAGUGAUGAACACAUCAAAUAAAAACUGAUAAGGAUUUACCAAGAAAGGGA